AUGUCCAACUCAAGCCCGGUUCACUGUAGGACUAUUGAGGACGUCCCGCUGCCAUAUCCAGCUUCUAAGCUGAUCAUCACCCAACGUCUUGAAGCUUCGCGAGAAUCACCUUUCUGGGCUUGGAUCAUUGUUGGUGCAUUCUACGACAGACACGAUAACGUCCUCUGGAGCACUGAGAUCUUUGCUGGUCGGUUGGACGUCGAUUCGGACUCUGAAGACGAGUCUAGUGAUACUGAGUCUGUGGCGGAGAGUUACACCGAGGAGGCAGCUUCUUCAGGGUCAAGUUCCUGGCUUCUGGCAAGCAUCUUUCGACCCGAACGUUCGUCGCUGGGUUCAUACCUGGCAACCCCUCUGACUCCCCUUCCCUUCCUCCCACGAUCAACCACCAUGUCUGGUUGGAACCCCAUCAACGGUCGUGACGCUACAGGCUCACGACCAAACUACUCACCCAUGGGUGCACCGAUCCCAUCGCAGGGUCAGCCGUAUGUUCCUCAUCUUGGUGGUCCUGGGUAUAACUUUGGUCUAGCUCCCCCCGCGUACGGCUAUAUGUAUCCCGGCACAGCCGCAUAUGGCCAGCCCGUUUACGGAUUCCCUCCCCAGGGACCGGUAGCUGGGUUUCAGACUCAGCAGACGUAUGCGCACCAGCCCAACGGGACUGGUAACAUUCUUCCUCGCCAGGCGCAGCCCAUUCCGCAGAUCGACCCGAAGAUGCCUGCUGCGCAGAUGACCAACUCGUCUGGUGGUGUUGGCUGUGAGCCUGGGUACAACUACUUCUUCCCCGCGAACCAUACCAAGGUUCAUGUGUUCAAGAGUGAUGUCCCUCCUUGGCAGCUGCAGACAAACGCCCAGAUCCCCUUUAUUGCCUCGCACGUUCCGACAUCGACAAAACUAGGUGAUCUCUUGAAGGGAUUUGGGUGCACCAAUCCCUCGGCGAAGAAGAACAUCUGCUUCGAGCUCUACAGUGGAGGAAAUGGCAAGUGGUACAAGGGGUAUUCUUUCACUGGGGAUGACAAGGAUGAGAUUGGCAAGACCAUGGAUGAGGUUGGUUGGGAUUCGUCCAGGACUGGAAACAAGGGGGAGAAGCCUGUUGUCUGUCUCUGGUUCUGCAAGAGCUGA